GGAACUUCAAUCCAUUCCUCCUCCUCCUCCUCCCGACUCGCCGAUUCACCCGUCUCUCUCCCCAGCCCUCAGCAACUCUAGCCGAGACGGUUCUGCUGUGAAUAAAGAGCAAGCUGUCCCCACUUGAGCUCCCACCUGCCGAGUCACGCGUGUUUCCAACAUGAACCCUUCCGUUCCACCGUCGACUGCCGAAUAUGGCGGAGAUGAGGUCUCUGCCAUUGUACUCGACCCUGGAUUCUCGACGACGCGCGCAGGUUUUGCGGGCGAAGACACGCCAAAAUCUCUGAUCCCUUCGUACUAUGGGAAAUACACCUCCGAAGGACAAGAAAAGCUCAUCUUCGGUGACGAUGUCUUCGUUACUCCGCGCCCCGGCCUGUCUAUUCACAAUCCAACGGGCAGGGAUGGAAUCGUGGAAGAUUGGGACAUGGCGGAGAAGGUGUGGGAAUACUCAUUUACGUCGCGCCUAACGGGGGCAAGGCCGGGCAAUCCUUUCCAGAACGGCCUGAAUGAUGUCGCGGAUGGCGAGCUGCCUACAGAGAUGGACGGGGUGGAGGCUGAGGAAAAACCUCUUUCAGAUAGUCCUCUCCUAAUGUCCGAGUGCGGCUGGAAUCCCACCAAGGCGCGGGAGAAAACAAUUGAAAUUGCUAUGGAGAAAUGGGGGACACCGGCCUUCUACCUGGCGAGAAAUGGUGUUCUUGCGUCCUUCGCUGCCGGCAAGGCGUCCGCCUUGGUGAUUGAUAUAGGCGCUUCAAACAUAUCCGUAACUCCGGUACAUGAUGGAAUGAUUUUGAAACGCGGGGUUCAACAUUCUCCCCUUGGAGGCGACUACAUCUCAUCGCAAAUUCGAGCGUUAUUUAAAUCAAACACCCCCCAACCCAUCACUAUCACGCCUCACUACCUAAUAUCCUCCAAGACCGCCGUCGAUGCAGGCCAGCCCCCGCAGGUCAAAUUCAAGACAUUCCCGCCAGAGAAGGCACCCGACGCGUCCUACCGGGAGUUCCUUGAGGAGCGAACGCUUUCGGAGUUCAAGGAAUGUGUCGUCCAAGUGUGGCCAGGCCCCAAUAAACUUCUUGCUCCCGGUCCGAACGGGGUCUCAAACGAGGAAUUUGUCAAAAGUAGCCCCGGACGUCCGUUUGAGUUUCCCGACGGUUAUAAUCAAGUCUUUGGUGUCGACCGCUACAAGGUGGUCGAAUCUUUAUUUGACGCCAAAGCCGCGAUCCAGGAUCCCGAGUCAACAUACCCGGCUCCAACGCAAGGCCAAACCAUCCCCGAACUUAUCAAGAAUGCGCUGAACAAUGUCGAUGUUGACAUUCGUCCCCACUUGCUCGCGAAUGUUGUCGUGACUGGGGCAUCGACUUUGCUUUACGGCUUCACCGACCGACUCAACCAAGAGCUCAUGCAAACCUAUCCCGGCCCGCGGGUAAGGAUUUCCGCGCCAGGAAACACGGCUGAGCGUAGAUUUGGUUCUUGGAUUGGUGGCAGCAUCCUCGCCAGUUUGGGAACCUUCCAUCAAAUGUGGAUUUCCAAGAAGGAGUACGACGAACAUGGCCCCAAUAUUGUCGAGAAGCGCUGCAAGUAGUGAGGAGGAUCUAAUUUUUUUUUUUUUUUAAAAAAAAAAAAAAAAAAUUUAUCUCCACCCGUUGUUUCCCGUGUCUUAUUUCCGGUAAUUUAAGCAGAC